AUGUGGGGCGGCAGCAGAGCUGCUCGACUGCCUCCUCCGCAGCAGCAACGUUUGCUGCAGCAGCAGCAACAGCACGAGCAGCAGCAACUGCAGCAGCAGCACAAGCAGCAACUGCAGCAGCAGCAGCAGCAGCAGCACUCGGGUUGUCCUGCAAGAUGGGCUGUCUUGCUGACGGUCUUGGAGGUCUUUCCUGCUCACCUUAGCAUAGGGGCGAGCGUGGAUUUAUUAACAUCACAGUUGGGGGGCCGCGUCUAUCUGUGGCAGGCGGGGCAGGAGGUCCUCUCAUCAUGGAUUGGUGAAUGGGCGGACAUAAAGCGGAGAGUCACCUGUUUUUCGUCGAUAUAUGCUGCUGUGAGCGGCUCUCUGCUUCUCGGGAGUUUGGCUGGGGGUUUGUUUUUGCGUACAUUUCAAUCACCAGAGAAGCUGAUGCUAGUAGCAGCUUUGCUGCGGCUGCUGCAUCCUUUAGCGCUGCUGCUGAGCCCCAUCAGGGGCCGCCUGACGCAGCAGGAGCAGCAGCAGCAGAAGCAGCAGCAGGAGCAGCAGCACCAGCAGCAGCAGGAGCAGCAGCACCAGCAGCAGCAGGAGUUUCUUGAGGAAUUCUAUCCACCCACCUUGUGGCCUGCUGACGGUUUUUCUGUUUUGUCUGUGAGACGAGCAACAAGCUUUUCUGCAGGCAGCGGCAGCCGCACCCCUACUGCUGCUGCUGCUGCUUCUGGUGCUGCUGCUUCUGCUGCUGCUGCUGGAGGUUGUGAUGGUGCUGCUGCUGCUCCUCCUGCUGCUGCUGCAGUGCAGCGUCUCCGCUUUUGCGCGUCCCUCCCGGAUAUGAAUUUCAGCUGUAUGGACACCUCAAAGAUUUGGAAUAGGGGGGCUGAAGCUCUUCCUCUUUUGCAUUCUGUUGCUGAAGACGCAGUUGUCGUUGCUGCUGCUGCUGCUGCUUCAGCUGCUGCUGCUGAUAGUCCUCCUCCUGGGAGGCGAAGGACUGGAAGCAUACAGCUGCAGCAGGUGGCUUCAGGUGUUAAGAAGCUGCUGCGGGCCCUAGUAAAGCAUCUCUGCAUGCUUUGGGGGGUGUUUGGUUUGCUGCUGCAGCAGCAGCCUCUGGUGCUGCUGCUCGCUUGCAUGCACUGCGCCUUCAAUGCUGCUAUGCAAGGAACUUCACUGUCCUUCGUCAAACACCAGCUGGGGUUUUCUCACGAUCAGGUCUCGUUUAUCAUGACAACGUUUGGAGCAGCAGGCAUCUUUGUGCAGGUACAGCCAAAAGAAUUACUUCCCAGUCAGCAGCAACAGCAGCAGCAGCAGCAGCAGCAACAGCAGCAACAGCAGCACCAGCAACGGCAGCAGCAUCAACAGCUAAUGCAACCUCCCCAAACCUCAGAAGGACAGAUAGCAGUGGUUUUGCUGCCAAUAGUGCUGCAUCUUAUCUCAACGCAGUGGCUGCUGUUCAUCUGUAGCGCAUGCAAUGUGGUGUACGCUGGCCUUUUUGUUGUGGGUUGUGCUUCAGGCUGCUUCCCUGCUUUGCUGAGCGAAGUCUCGAAGCAGCAGCUGCGCCCUCCCGUUGUCCCCUGCAGCAGCAGCAGCAGCAACAAGAUCAACAACAACAACAACAGCAGCAGCAGCAGCAGCAGCAGCGGGGGAGUUGAGGGGAUGGUACAUGGGAGCUUUACUUCGAUUCGUUUGGUGGCGAAGAUGGUAGGCUCUACUUUGAUGGCUGUCAUGAGUAAUUCUUAUGCUUCUCUUCCGCACCCGUUUGCUUUCCCUGCUGCUGGGUUUGCAGCACAAGCAGCAACAAUGGCUGUGGGGUCUUGUCUUGCGCUGCUGCUCGCGGUUAGCAGCACCAAGAAGGCCUCUUCUAUGAAGCGAACGUGA